AUGUCUGAGAAGAAGCCCCGAUGCGCAGACACUCGUCCCAAAUGUGGCAUUCGCAGUUGGAGUGCCGACAGUUAUGUUUGGCGAGGAAAGAAGCGCUCGAGGAACUCUCGCAAAGGUUCCAGUCCUGGAGGGUUCGAGGCAGAGGGUUCAGAAGAACUCGGGGUACGGUCCACAUCCUGCCCAAGAAGGCGUAGAGAGAGAAAGUGUAGUUGCAGCAGUCUUGGGGAAGACAUUGAUGCUGUUUGCCGAAAGGCCCUUACCAGGCGCUCUCUGCGGCAGAAAUUCCAGGAUGCUGUGGGACAGUGUUUACCCCUGCGUUCACAUAAUCCUCACCAUCAUCAUCAUCACCACCACCACCAUCUACCGGGAUCCUCACGUCCCUUGUCUGUGUUAUUCUGGUCCAAACGCAAGAUUCACGUCUCGGAGCUCAUGCAAGACAAGUGCCCUUUCUCCUCCCAAUCUGAACUGGCCCGCAGUUGGCACCUUUUAAAAAAUCAUGCCACUCAGCCGAGUGCCCUCAUGGAACUGGAGGCAAAUUUCAAACCCAAUAGUCCAUCGUCAUGCAACUCCCCACCACACACACCCCUCUCCUGGGAGGACAUUUGCUGUUCCCCGGGGCCUGGAAGCGUCACUAAAGAGGACUGGGACACUAUUUGUCCACAUGAACAAACAGAGGACAGCAUUAGCCACAUAUUGGUUCCUGAUCUCCUGCAGAUCAACAAUAGCCCAUGCUACUGGGGGGUCCUAAACCGGUUUGAGGCAGAGGAACUUCUGGAAGGGCAGCCAGAAGGAACCUUCCUUCUGAGAGACUCUGCUCAGGAUGAGUUCCUUUUCUCUGUCAGUUUUCGACGUUACAGCCGCUCCUUGCACGCGCGCAUCGAGCAGAAUGGCAAGCGUUUUAGCUUUGAUGUGCGUGACCCGUGCAUGUACCGGGAUGCUAGUGUGACAGGGCUGCUAAGACACUACAGUGACCCAGCCACUUGUCUCUUCUUUGAACCCCUCCUUUCUCAGCCGCUACCCAGAACAUUUCCUUUCUCACUGCAGCACUUGUGCAGAGCUGUAAUCUGCAGUUGUACCACCUACCAGGGUAUAGAGAAUCUUCCACUGCCACCUCAGCUCAGGAACUACCUCUGCCAGUAUCACAUCAAGUGUCAAGGGGCCUGUUCUGUGUCAUUGCCCACGUCCGCCACCAGAACGGGGGAAUCCCCAGAGGUCAAGAGAAAAGAAGAUGAGCUGCAGAUGCAGAAAAGAUCGAUCAUGUCACUGACUGGCAACUCUAAAAGUGCACUGAAAGCUAGCUACCUCGUAGCCAGACGUGUGGCACAAAGUAAGAAACCAUUCACCAUAGCGGAGGAUUUGGUUCUGCCUGCUGCUGUUGAUAUGUGCCGUGAGAUGAUCGGAGAGGCCGCUGCAAAGAAGCUGCUGACCAUCCCACUCUCAAACGACACUGUGAGUCACCGUUAA